UCGAAGCAGAAACAGUCCUGGGAAACCAUGGGCUUACAAUGACAGGCAGGUGGGCUUAUGAAGCAUGCACUGCUUUAGAAUAACAAGAAUCAUGUCAGCUGUGUUAGCAAGGGUUUUAUUUUACCCCACACUCGCCUACAACGUGGUGAUGGAGAAAAUCUCCUCGAGAAGGUGGUUCAAUCGAGUGGAUCAGACGGUGGUUCUCGGGGCUCUGCCUUUCAAAUCAAUGACCGAAGAGUUGGUUGAAACGGAAAAUGUUCGAGGGGUGAUAACAAUGAACGAAGAAUAUGAGACAAAGUAUUUCUGUAAUUCAGAGGAGGAAUGGAGAGCAGCAGGUGUUGAGCAGAUCAGACUCAGCACAGUAGAUCUGACAGGAGUUCCUAGCCUGGAGCACAUCCACCAGGGUGUAGAGUUUGCUCUCAAACACCGUGAGCGAGGAAACAGUGUUUACAUCCAUUGCAAAGCAGGCCGCUCCCGCAGUGCCACUCUGGCUGCUGCAUACCUCAUCAGAAUACACUGUUGGAGUCCAGAGAAGGCAUGCAAAAUGCUGGCAGCAGUCCGGCCUCAUGUUCUUGUCCGCUCUGCACAGCUUGACAUGCUGCAGAAGUACCACCAACAAGUGUGUGGAUCGGGACCAGACUGUGUAUAAUAGAGAAUUUCAUCGCUGUUAAACUGGCUUUGCUUUAGAUUUGUUCACUUAUGUACAUAGGCAGAUUGAUGUGACUUUAUAAACCAUGCACCGAAGUGUAAAACAUAUCAUGUAUGCUGUCUUAUCAUAUGAGACGCUUUUGUUACAAAUAAAUGAAACAGGUUUCAUAUUUA